ACAAGAUGUCACUCCCUCGUCUCUGAAACCGAAUGGAGGAACCACCCAGGAAUCCACUCUACAUUCUAGGGUUUCUCUCGCUGCUCUUCUCCACCGCCGGUCGGACCUUUGCAAUCCGGCUGCCGGAACGGAACGCCGGAGCGGGAUCUCAUUUCUCGCCUGAACCGCCCCAUAGAGUCGCCGUCUUCGCCUUAGGGAGCUUCUGGAGAUCUGAGGCGGCGUUCGGAUGCCUUCCUGGCGUCGUUCGGACUUUGGUUGGUUAUGCCGGCGGAUCGAAGACCAAUCCUGAGUACCGCAACGUCGGAGAUCAUGCCGAGUGCGUCCAGAUUGAAUAUGAUCCAAGAGUGAUUCAAUUUAAGCAACUUUUGGAUGUCUUCUGGUCUAGUCAUGAUUCUCGGCAAGUUUUUGGUCAAGGACCAGAUGUAGGCGACCAGUAUAGGUCAAUAAUCUUCACAAAUGGAACUCAAGAGGCCAGGCUGGCUGCAGCAAGUAAAGAAAGAGAGCAAACAAAGAGCAGGAGCAGCAUAGUGACUACACAAAUUCAGCAACUGGGUGCAUUCUAUCCUGCUGAAUCUGAGCAUCAGAAAUUUGAGCUGAAGCGGCAUCAGUUCCUCCUGCAAUUGAUUGGGAACAUGCCAGAUGAGGAGCUUGCAAGGUCAAUUCUUGCAGCAAAGUUGAAUGCAUAUGCAGCGGAGCUCUGUCCAUCAAACAUCCAAAGAAAGAUUGAUUCAAAAAUUGAAGAGAUCCUGAAAAAUGGUUGGCCUGUUUUAAGGGAUAUCUGAGUUCAACGCAGCCCUAAAUCACAUUUAUUCUCUUUAAUUUGGAAAUAUAUAUAUAUAUAUAUAGAAGAUUUUUUGUCCAACAAACCCUUGGCAUGUUUAUCUUGUAUAUUUAACUCAGGGUUGACCCUAUUUUAAGCACCUGAAGUUCACCACCAUUAAAUCUCCUGUUCUCGACGAUGAGCCUUAAUAUUUUCAAGAAGCUCCUGUAUUUAUUUCAUCAAAAAAAGUUGGCAAAUUUUACUUGUGACAAAUAGCUCUGUAUUCUUGCAGUUCUAGUGAAACAACAGGGUGCUAAAACUCUACUUUAUUACAGGAAUGUUAAACUCUUGCAACGUACUUGAUAGGUUUGAAGAACAUAGUCUUGAAAAAAAAA